GAAGGGAAAGGAGCAAAGGCAAUAGAGAAACAAAGCGAACAAGUCCAGCUCAAUCAUCUAUGGCCAUGCAAGCACAGAAGAUGGGGUGUGCUUGGGGCAGGCUUUGCCUGCUUCUUUCCCUCCUCCUCCAGCUGCCGGGCUCCCAGGCCAAAUGCUACUUCCAGGCUAAAGCUCCCUGUGAGUACGAAGGGAAACAGUUCUCCAUUGGGGAAUCGUGGUUGAGCACCAACUGCCUGCUCUGCACCUGCCUGCACCCCAUUGGCGUGGGCUGCUGUGAGACCACCCAGCAUCCGAUCGACUUCCCCGACUGGUGCGAGGCCCACUACGACUCACAGACCUGCCAGAUCUCGGUAGUGCAGAAGGCCAACCCCAGCCUGCCGUGCGUGAAGAGCGUGGAGCAUGAGUGGGGCUCGGCCGGUACCCCCGAGCCGCUGGUGAACAAGGUGCUGGGCGCGGGGCUGAGCAGAUAGAGAGAGGCUCGGCAGCGCCCGCGCCCCCCGGCACCGCCCUCCCCCCUCCAGAGCACACCGCCCGCAUGUUCCAGACCUGCCCUACCCACCCUGUAGAGGCCUCACCGCCGGCACCUUCGAGGGAAACCACUAUCCACACACCAUGGUACCAAGCUUUGCUUCUGCCUUCAGCUUCCUGAACCAGGGCAUCCUCCCUGUGAGGUGUUCUGCACACCGUGGAAAUGCAGAUUUUACAGGAUCUCUUCCCAGGUGGGCAGAAAACCUUCAGUGACUAAAAAAAUACAACAUGACUAAAUCGACCUGCUCCAUGGCACUCCUGCAUUCUGAUAUCCAUCCCCAAGCAAAGCACCUCCCUGCUCCCUCCCAGACCUCUACUCCUCUGCACAGCAGCUGUGCAGAGCUCACUGGGACCAUCACAGCACCUCGUGCACGAUCCCCACACCCUGUCCAGCUCUGCUCCUGGAGCGUGAGGGGCACAACCCACCUCUGCAACCACUAAUGCCCCUGCUCCAAAAGCUCCUGGGGUUUCUGGCUGUGCAGGCCAGCCCUGGGCAACACUACAACAGAGCCAGCCCAGGGUGGGUGGCUGAACAGGAUGUCCCCAGGGGAGACCUCCAUCCCCACCAGCAAGACAGCAGCAUGGGGAGGGUUCAGGAAGCAGAAGCAAUCUAAGUGCCAAGGUGGAGGCAGCCACCCUAGCAGCUGCCCCAGCUGGUGCCAUGCCUGUGUUGUGCAGAGCCUUGUGUAGAUGUUUCUGUUCUUGCAAUAAACAUACUG